CUCUCAAAUAAUAUAUCUUCCUACCUUAAAUUGCAAUCUAUUAACCAUGAGUAGAUUAUCCCGUAAAAUUGAAAUCGCAGUGAAAUCGUUUCUGGUGGUUUACUUACUAAGAAGCGUUGUUGUAUCCAAUUCAGAGUCUGGAGUUGGAAGUCAUGAAACCAGAUGCAUUGAUGAAGAAAGGAGAGCUCUCCUCAAGUUCAAGGACAAUCUUGAAUCCUAUAACAAUGACACUCUUUCUUCUUGGAGCUAUGAAGAAGAAAAGAAGGAUUGUUGCAGUUGGGAUGGAAUUAGUUGUGACAGCAUAAGUGGACAUGUCAUCAUGCUAGAUCUUUCACAUCUUCAACUUUCCACCAGAGGUAAGUCACUGAACCCUCCAUUGAUUGAGUUGCGUUAUUUGAAUUAUUUGGACCUCAGUGGCAUCAACCUGAGCGGGAACAACAUCUCAAGUUUGAUUGGAAACAAUAUGGUUUCCCUUCAACACCUGGAUCUUUCUUCAACUCAAUUAGAAGGCUCCAUUCCUGAAACUUUUGGGAACAAUAUGACUUCCCUUUCGUACCUUGAUCUUAGUUUCAGUUACUUAACAGGUCCCAUUCCAAAUUCUCUAGGGAACAUGUCUCUCCUUGCACACCUCAAUCUUCGCUAUAAUGGGUUCACAGGUUCGAUUCCUGAAUCUUUUGCCAACCUAGAGACCCUUACAUACCUCGAUCUUAGCGGGAACAUGUUAAAUGGUUCCAUCCAAAUUAUUUUUGAGAACAUGACUGGUACACUUACAUUUCUUGCCCUUGGAUAUAGCGGGUUAGAGGGUCACAUUCCAAAGAGUUUUGGGGAAAAGAUGUCUGCCCUUGCAGUCCUUGACCUGAGCUAUAAUCAUUUACGAGGUUCCAUUCCAGAAUCUUUUGGUAACAUGGUCAAGUUAACAUAUCUUUCCCUGGAGCAGAAUCUGUUAGAAGGUCACAUUCCUGAAGCUUUAGGGAAUAUGUCUAUCCUUGAACACCUUGAUCUGUCCGAUAAUACACUUGAAGGUGAAAUUCCGAAAUCCAUUUGGGACAUAUGCACUUUGCGUGAAUUGUACAUGCCUUCAAACAUUCUUAGUGGUGACCUCCCUGACCUUAGUCUAACAUCAUCCAGCUGCACAAAUCACUCUCUGCAGAUGUUGGAUUUACGUGACAACAGAAUCGUGGGGUUAUUUCCUUAUCUUUCAUUGUUUUCCUCUUUGAAGUCCUUGGAUCUUUCCUCAAAUCUAAUAGGUGGAAGUGUACAUCCAAGUAUUGGUCAAUUAUCACAGCUGGAGAAAUUGGAUAUUUCAAAUAACGUUUUAGAAGGUGUCAUUUCUGAAGCUCACUUUUUGAAACUCUCCAAACUAAGGCACUUGAAUUUAUCUUCAAACAAAUUAUUGAUUUUCAAUGUAAGUUCUGCUUGGGUUCCUCCUUUCAGAUUGGAAAUCAUAUCCCUUAGUUCUUGUAAGUUGGGCCCUAAAUUCCCAAAUUGGCUUCAAACACAAGUCAAUUAUUCAGUGCUUGAGAUUUCCAACACGGGAAUUUCAGAUUCGAUUCCCAUCUGGUUUUGGAACACAUCUACUGAAUUUCAAACUAUGAAUGCUUCUAACAACCAAAUCAGUGGAAGAAUUGCAAAUCUUUCAGUUUUGAAGUGGGGAAAUUUCCCUGAAGUAGAUUUCAGUUCCAAUCAAUUAGAAGGUGCAAUUCCAAUGUUUCUUUUCAAUGUGACAACACUGUACCUUUCCAGGAACAAAUUCUCGAACCUCAAUUGUCUAUGUGACGUUAAGGUUCGAGCAAGUUUGGUACUUUUAGAUAUCUCAUUUAAUCAAUUAUCAGGGACACUUCCCAAUUGUUGGUCAAGUUUAGAUAGUUUGGCAGUUCUCAACUUGGCACACAAUUAUAAUCUAUCAGGGAAACUUCCAACCUCCAUUGGCUCAUUGUUGUCCAUUCAGGCAUUACAUCUUGGCAAUAAUAAUUUUACAGGUGGACUACCUUCAUCCUGGAAAAACUGCUCAAGCUUGGUAGCUUUUGAUGUGGCCGAGAAUAACUUAAGAGGAACAAUUCCAAGUUGGAUAGGGGAAAGUCUAACAGAGCUUGCUAUACUUGUCCUAAGAUCCAAUCACUUCAGUGGAAGUAUACCCUUAAAUAUAUGUCAUCUACAAUCUCUUCAAUUGUUGGACUUGUCUGUGAACCACAUCUCAGGAAGUCUUCCCAUGUGUAUUGGUAAUUUUACUGAAAUGAGUAAAGUUGGAGGUAUGCAUGCAACCAUUUCUUAUACCAUCUCUAUCCCUGUUCCUGCAACUAGUGCAACAAUUUUUAUAAUGAGAGAUGACAAAAUAGAAUUUGUUUGGAAAGGAAUACUGUCUGAAUUUGGAAGAACUUUGGGGCUUGUAAAGAGCAUUGAUCUAUCAUGCAACAUGCUGAAUGGUGAUAUUCCAAGCAAAAUCACUCUGCUCGUUGGGUUAGUUUCUUUAAAUUUAUCAAGAAACAAUCUAAGUGGACACAUUCCAGCCAGGAUUGGUAACAUGAGGUCGUUAGAUUUUCUCGAUUUGUCAAAUAACCAUUUGUUGGGUCGAAUUCCUCAAGGCCUUUCCCUGAUUGAUGGCAUGGGUGUGCUAAACUUGUCAAACAACAACUUAUUUGGUAAAAUUCCAACAAGCAGUACCAGUAAACUUCAAAGCUUUGAUGCAAGUGCAUACAUGGGGAAUCCUGGACUUUGCGGAGAUCCACUGUCUAACAAGUGUCCUGGAGAAGAACUAACUACUCCUCCUAGAUUUAUUGAAGAAGCUGGCAAUGGAGAAGACACAGACAAGUUUAUAAGCCACGGAUUUUAUGCGAGUAUGGGGAUUGGAUAUGCUGUUGGAUUUUGGGGAGUUUUGGGCACAUUGAUCUUCAACAAGUCAUGGAGGUUUUCAUAUUUGAACUUCUUAAAUGAUUUUGCAAAUUGGAUUCAUGUUUUUGCAGCAGUGCGCAAGGCAAAGUUCCUCAGGACACUACGAGGUUUAUAGGGUUAUUAUUUGCCGGUGGAAACAAGGCAUUUGCCAACUGUAGCUUCUUUUUUAUGUGCUUUCUAUCUGGGCAUGCAUAUGUGGCAAGGCUUUGCACUAGUGCAGCCUGUCAUUUGAUUCUUUAAAUUUACUAUCUUCUGCAUAUUUGGUCUGCUUGCAAUCACCAUUUUCUCGGAGACAGGAUCAGAAAGAAUACUAUUCAACUAACCACAAGAUGCAGAACCGGACGAAGUUCAUGAAGAAAAAAUGGAAUGAUUUUGCACAAAGAAUAUUAUUCUCUGCUAUACUUAUGUUUUUGUGUGGUUCAAAAUGUAAUUUCCUUUUGUACUUUUGAGGCAAUGCAUUUAAAGUAUUGUAAAAUAUUCAAGUGCACUAUUGACUUCAAAAUAUU